AGCUUAUCGUAAACUGAAAGUAGGUUUAUUUUGGUGAAAACGGUGAAAACAUGUCAGAAGUCGAAUGGAGAAGAAAGUGGAAGCCUGACUUAAAGGCAUGUCCAUGGCAGCCCAUAACGAUCGACAAACAACAGUAUCUAUUCAAGUGCAAAUACACGCACAAUUCUUAUGAGCUUCUUUUCACAGACAACUGUAACUUUUGGUUUGAGCGUCUCGAAGGUGCUGAAUUGGAAAAAAGAACAGUUUCACUGAAUCCUAGCGUGAAGGCUACAGCUACAAGGAUACUAGAUGAAAUCCAAAACUGCCUUGAGAAUUCAACAAAGAAAAUGUCGGUCACUGUCACUGAGAAUAAGAAAAAGCUAGACAUUUAUGUUGAUUCACAACUGGCAGGAAUGGCCUUUGUGUGGAAGUUUCAGUGUACGCAGGCCGACAGUCAAUUGAUUUCAGAAAAUUUCAAUGUACCUCUUCUAGCUAUGGUUGCAGAAUUGGCACGUAGAAAUGAGGAGUUGGUUAAAAUCAUAGGAGCUAAAGACAAAGAGAUUGACGACUACAAAUCCCAGGGAGCUAAAACAUCCAGAAAGCACAUUGAAACUCCAUUGUUUGUGAGCACAGCCUUUGAAAAUAAAAUGAUCAUGUCAAAAGAAUUUGAGGAAGAAGUGAAGAAACUUGGAUCCUCAGGGUUUUCUGAAGAUAACCAGGAUCUAUACAGACAAAUAAUGACUCGUUAUGCAUAUAUAACCAGACCAGUUGCAGCAGAUGAAGCAGAUGACGACUCUCUUGAUGAGAAGAAAACUCCAUCCAUCAACUCUUGGGAGACUAGCAGAUUACCAGCUUCACUCACUGACAAGAGUCCUGUGAAAUCAUCACCCGGCAGCUCACCUCAGAAGAGUCCAGCCAAAGGCAGAAGUUCCUCAGAAUCAUCGCCAGUCAAGGACACGGAGCUGAUGAGGAGACAGGCACUGGAGAGGAAGUUGGAGGAUGAAGAGAGGAAGAAGAGUGAACCAAAGAAGAAGAAGAAGAAAAUUGCAUUCUGACCACACCACUACACAACUAGAAUUUCAUGUCUAAACUGAUCAAAGGUUCCGAUUAGAUGUAAACAUUUUGUGUCUUGAUAGAUGUUAUGAAAAACUUUGAUGGAAUAAUGUGUGUGUAUUUGUUCAUUAAAGAAACUUAGAUGA